AUGUCAGAUUCCAACACAACCGAUUUCAGCAACCCCUCCACUUUCAUCCUGCUGGGCAUUCCUGGCCUGGAGGCAGCGCAUACCUGGCUCUCCAUUCCCUUCUGUGCAAUAUACGUCAUAGCCAUCUUGGGGAACUCCAUCAUAUUGUUCAUUGUGAAGAAGGAGCCAAGCCUCCAUGGGCCCCUGUACUAUUUCCUCUGCAUACUGGUUGUCACCGACCUGGUUCUAUUAACAUCCACCCCUCCCAAAAUGCUGAGCAUCUUCUGGUUCAACUCCAGGGAGAUCAAUGUCAGUGCCUGCCUCACCCAGAUGUACUUCAUUCACUGCUGCUCAAUGAUUGAAUCUGGGAUUUUUGUGGCCAUGGCUUUUGAUCACUACGUGGCCAUCUGUGAUCCCCUGAGAUAUUCCACUAUCCUAACAAACUCUGUGGUGGCCCAGAUUGGCCUGGCUGUGGUGCUGCGAGGUUCCAUGCUCACACUAUGCUUUCCCUUCAUAGCGAGAAGGUGGCCAUAUUGUACAACUAACAUCAUCCCCCACUUGUACUGUCACCUGAUAGCCGUGGAGAAGCUGGCCUGUGCCGACAUCCGCAUUAGUAGUUACUACAGCCUCUUUGUGGUAUUGCCUGUUUUUGGUCUGGAUGUGUUUUUUAUAACUAUGUCCUAUACCCAGAUCCUCAGGGCCAUCUUCAGUCUCCCCACAAAGGAUGCCCGGUUCAAGACUUUUGGGACCUGCAGCUCCCACUUCUUUGUCAUCUUAGCCGUUUAUUUACCUGGUCUCUUCUCCUUUCUCAUACACCGGUUUGGCUACAAUGUCCUCCUGCAUUUCCACAUUCUCAUGGCCAACAUGUCCCUCCUGGUGCCUCCCAUGUUAAAUCCUAUCAUUUAUGGAGUGAGGGCCAAAGAGAUUUGGGUCAGGCUGCUCCAGUUUAUUACUCAUCAAGGGAUCUAA